CUCUACUGGUCCUCCUCAUGCUCAGUCAGGGUUGCUUUAAUAUGCAUGAAAUCAACACAAACUCAGGGAGCACUCGUGCGGUCCUGCGGCCCUAUCAGUGUCCACAGCAGCGGUCCUCGGGCAGGCACAUGACUCCAAAACCCUCAGUCAAGCUGCCGAUUACACAAAUGCUAAGUUCAAGGCGCACGUAACGCGCAGCUCCGGUUUCCUUGACGACCAGCCUGACCAGCCGACUGCAAAGGCCAGUGUCUCUCGCUCUCUCUCUCUCUCUCAACUUCUCAGGAGUGUGGCCGCUGCCUACAGGUCAGCUAUGCAUCUCACUCAACAGGACCAAAAACUUGACAUUGUGUUGAGAAACCAGGGCGCCACAGUCUCGACUUUUGAAAUUUCAGAUGGCAGCCUUGAUCCUGAGAAGACUGUUAUUGCUAACCCCCAUGCCGACAGUCUGGACGAGGGUCUCGACUCGAAGCCUGAAGGCAACCUUAUCUACGCCAUCAACGAUCGACCACCAUGGUACCUCUGCAUUCUUCUGGGUUUCCAGCAUUACAUACUGGCUUUCGGUGGCAUCCUGGCAAUUCCUCUCAUCCUAGCCGAGCCGUUGUGCAUCAAAGAGAACAACUCUGCUAAAAGUCAGCUCAUCUCUACCAUCUUCUUCAUCUCAGGCGUUUGCACUUUGCUGCAGACCACUCUCGGGACCAGGCUGCCGAUCCUCCAAGGGGGGACGUUCACCUUCAUUACCCCUACUUUGGCUAUCCUUGCCCUUCCCAAGUGGAGAUGCCCAAACACGAGUGCCACUCCUGACCUCAACGCCACAGAUUCUGCAGCGCUCCUCGAGGAUGGCGAUGAGGUGUGGAAAGUCCGCAUCCGUGAGAUCCAGGGGGCCAUUCUAGUGGCUUCAAUGCUUCAGCUUGUUCUGGGGCUGUCGGGUCUCGUGGGCCUAGUGCUGCGGUUUAUCGGGCCGCUGGCCAUUGCUCCCACCAUCAACCUCAUCGGACUAUCGCUCUUCAUCCAGGCCGGACAGAAGUCAGGAGCCCACUGGGGAAUUGCAGCUUUAACUGUUUGCCUGAUCCUUCUCUUCUCCCAGUAUUUGAGCAAAGUUAACCUUCCUCUCAUUGCUUACAAGGACAAGAAGUGGAAAGUCUUCCAGUACCCUCUCUUUAAACUCUUUUCUGCUUUAUUUGGGAUGUGUGGAGCCUGGCUGGUGUGCUUCCUGCUGACAUAUUUCAAUGCUCUUCCCACAUCUCCGAAUGAAUACGGCUACAUGGCCAGGACAGACAUCAAUCUAGACGCAGUAAAAAGUGCUGCAUGGUUCUACGUGCCUUAUCCAGGACAGUGGGGUUUGCCUACUGUGAGUGUGUCGUCUGUACUAGGCAUGAUGGCUGGAGUACUGGCUUCAACAAUGGAGUCCAUUGGAGACUAUUAUGCGUGUGCUCGUCUCUCUGGAGCGCCUCCACCGCCUACGCAUGCUAUUAACCGUGGCAUUGCGGUGGAAGGCGUGGGCUGCAUCUUGGCUGCCCUGUGGGGUAGUGGUAAUGGCACCACCUCCUACAGUCAGAAUAUCGCCGCUCUGGGAAUUACAAGGGUUGGCAGCAGAUUGGUACUUCAGACCGCCGGGCUUCUUAUGAUCAUCCUGGGACUCUUUGGUAAAUUCAGCGCUGUUUUUAUAACUAUUCCAGACCCAGUCAUUGGUGGAAUGUUUCUCGUCAUGUUUGGGAUGGUAGCAGCGGUGGGAAUUUCUAAUCUUCAGUAUGUGGAUUUGAACUCUUCCAGGAAUCUCUUGAUUCUUGGAUUUUCAACCUUCAGUGGUCUUGUGCUCCCAACCUGGUUCCACUCAAACCCAGGCAUGAUUAACACAGGCAUAAAGGAGCUGGAUCAGCUCAUAAUGAUUCUCUUCACCACCCACAUGUUCAUCGGCGGAUUCUUUGGGUUUGUUUUGGACAACACAAUACCAGGAACAGAAGAAGAAAGAGGAAUAAAGAGCUGGAGGAAGGCAGUUCAUGAAGGCUCUCAAAUUCAUGUCAGCGAUCACUCUUGUUACAAUCUGCCUUUCUGUACUAACAUUAUUCAGAGGUUCAAAUUGCUCCACUACCUCCCGUUUCUCCCUUCAGUUAAGUCACAGGAACUGGGAACGCAUCUGUAGCGCAGGAGCUUACGGUGGUGAGGCUUGGUUUUGAAAUGGCACAUUCCAGGCAAGAGGUGAGCGACAUUCAGGCCUGGCUUAGGGGUUAGUUUAACCAGAAAUGAAAAUUAGCCCAUGUUGUACCCACCCUCAAAGCAUCCUAGGUGUAUGUGACUGUCUACUCUCAGACUAAUCAAAUUGGAGUUAUAUAAAAAAAAAAUUCCUUGCUCUUCCAUGAGCUUUAGAAUAAGAGUAGGCAGUUUUGGCAGCGAAUGGGUGCAUUUUUGUAUAUUAAAAUAUUAUUAAAUUUUGUCUAACUUUCGUAUGCGCAAGCCAUUCCAGAUGACAUAUGAUGCAGAUGACAUAGGAAGUAUGCGUAAACACCUGUGAUUAGUGACAAAUGCAAAAGUGUGCCGUUUUGUGAGAGUAAAACGACUAUCAAGAAAUUAGACGGAUUUGUAUGAGGAUUUCGAUAUAAGCCAAGAGGAGACAAAUUUUCCUUUGAUAAAGUUAGGAAAUUUAGUUUCCUUUGCUCCUUUAAGCAAUUUCACAAGGCUAGCAUGUCUCACCAGCGCAUACCUAUUUGUCCCCCAGAGCCAUGUGAGGCAGGUUUUAUUAUGGAUACAUAUACUUUGUUUGACUUUUGGACUGUUAAAAAAAAAACCUACUUCCAUCCUUAAGCUUGAAAGAGCAAGGAUAAUUCCUCUGAAAGUCAAAUAAACCUAGGAAGCCCUGAGGGAGAGUAAAACAUGGGCUAAUAAAAUAUUUGGGGUAAACUACCUCUUUAACUGAUCAAAAAAGCUGCCUCAGAAUUGCUGCAAUUUUGCACAGAAGUCAUACAACAACUGUUUUUAGAUUAUUAAAAUACACGAAGAUUCUUUGAAGGCUCCAACCAAACUACCUUAUGUAACCUAUUAGUAAAUUUACAACAUAAAAUGAAAGUUACUUUUUCAAAUAAGCAACACUCAUUGCUGUUCUAUUUAAUUCAUCAACAAAUACAACUUUAGUUUCCAUUUUGGCAAAUCUAGGCAGCUUGUGUAAUUUGAGUUCUUGGACAUGUGAUCACGAUGCCUGUGCAUGACGCACAGAAAGUCCCACGCUAAGAUUUAGUUUUCAAAAAGUUCAUAAUACUGAUAAUAAAUCAAAAUGAACUCUUUUGCGUCAGUGAAAUCCAGUUGUUCUUGUUAUUUGUAGCAGGUAAAAAAAAAAACAUGUCACCUCAGGCCUGCAGUGGAUUGGCUCUGUCCUGGAGCUCACAGGUACCGUUGCCAUAAACCUUGCCGUUGUCAUGACAACCAUUGCGCACAUUUGAUGAAAUAACCUAUUUGUCAUUGCAUGCCAGCUUUGUCGGCAUACACGAUUCUUUUGAUGUUGAUAUGAAAUAUCUAAGCAUUAAUAUCAUUCAUUUGAUAUUUGAGCCGGGCCUGGUGCCAUUUCAGUUCUGCUUUGUGACCUUAAUUAAAUUCAGUAAACUGAAUACAUUCAUGUACUGCACAAGAAAUGUCAUGUCAGUUCUGUGAAAACUGUGCAUGAGGCAUCUGAAAUUUCUCAUUCUGUUUUAUACUUAGACAUAAAUAUAAUCAUGUGAAUCAAUUUUUGGAUGCAUUUCAUUUUAGACUUGUGAUUUUUGUGCACAAUAUGUAAUUAAUAUCAAUAAUUAAACACAAUUAAAAUACUUUUAGAAUAGUUUUUUUUCAAUGAUUAUUUUAAUGAUUACUGUUGUCGUUGUUUUUUUAUUAUUUGUCUGUGCCUAUAAACAGACCUGUAACAUGGACUCCUUUUAUAAAAAUGAUAAAAUAUUCUUUGAGGCUGUUCUCAAGUGCAAAUGCAAAUGUAACUAUUAUUUUGCACACUUGUGCAUUUAAAUCACUAUGUGCCGAAAAUAGACAAAAGCAAUAAUUCCUUUCAAGCUAAAUUUGUAGAUCAAAGACAAGAAGGCCUGUGAAUAAAUACAUCAGUUUAUGGUCAUGCGUAGCUCAUGUUUACAUUUAUACCCAAAUAAAAUACUUCCAGUUGGUUUUGUUUUAUAAUUACUUGUUCAAAUUGUAUUGCAUUUUUAUUUGUUUUAUCAAAUAAAAACGUCCUAUAUUC